UAAUACGAAGUUUUCGUCAACAGAGAGAAAAGAUUAAAGAUAAACUCAACAUCUAAUCUAGAAAAGGUGAAGUCUAAAGCAAAUUGACUGAAAUAGAGAAACACAAUCAUGGCCAUGGGUUGCUUUGCCUGCUUCGAUGGAGGAGCAAGCAAACAACGACGGAACGAAAAGGAUCAAGAAGCCAAAGCUAAAGCUGCCGAAGCCGCCCUGAAAAGGCAAGAGCAAUUUGAGCAAUCUGCUGCUGGAAGAGCUGCGCGUGCUCAACAGGCAGCCAUUGCUAAGCAAUCUGCUAACACAAAUAAGGGCGAGCCCGUUUUAAAGUGGCAGAUGGGAUAAGGUUUUGCUUUGUCAGUUUGUCUUCCACCCAACACAGUGAUUUUCAUGGCAAUAAAACAGUAAGAGGAGAAAGGGAUGUUAAUACAAGCUCCUGGCAGGACAUGGACUAGUCUCUUUGCUUACGGUUUCCUCUCAAUAGGCUGUGGAUAGACUGGAAUCAAAGAGAAGUUGUGAAAAUUACCUUAUUUAAACAUACUCCUAUGAAUAAAAAAAUAAAAAUCUCUCGCAUUUGAAUGUGAAGUUCGUGUGUAGUCUGUACAGUAGCUGUAGCUUAUGUUAGAACUGAGUUGUUGAACUUCAUGUUUCUUUUAUUCUACAUUUGUCAGGAAGCAGGAACUAUGCUUAACUUGUACCACGGAAUCACUUUUUAUUGACUUUGUGGUUGAUUACCCUGCGCUUUGCCUUCUUUGUAGAUUUAUCACUUUUUAGCUGA